CUAGAACGUUCAGACAUAAAGUCAUUCAAGGACAACGAGAUGCUUGUGUUAUCAAGAGAAGACUACCAUGCAAAGAAAGCAGAAGAGAGAAAACAUCACAAAGCAGAGAAUAAAGCAAAAGCUAAACAGGACAAGGAACAACAGCAGAAACACGCAGAAGAGAAAGAAAUGGGUCUGCUUUUGGAUGAACAAACAGGUUGCUUGUUGAAGUUUUCAGGAGAGCUUGAAGAUGUUUCAAGAGAGGACUUCCAUGAAUUGUUCUCUGGCCAUGGAAAGAUAAAGUGGGUUGAUUUUACAAGAGGAGCCAAAGAGGGCACGCUCCUGUUCGAUGGGAACGCAAAGGAUGCGUUCGAUAAGGCCAAAGAAGCAAAGGGAGGGGAAUUGAAAAUCAAGAACAACAGUGUUACAUGGCAGGUGCUUGAAGGGGAUGAGGAGAAAGAGGAACUGAAGAAGAUAAUCGAAGCUCAACAAGAAUCGUACAGCAGAUCCAAAAGCAGAGGCGGCAGAGGAAGAUCAGGUGGCAGAGGAAGAGGAGGCCGAAGGGGAAGAGGUGGCAGAGACCAAGGCAGAACUCAGUACAAGGGCAAAAAGACGAAAUUUGAUAGCGAUGAUGACGACGAUGCACCCGCAGCCCCAGCCCCAAAGAGAGAACUAGAAGACGCUGAAAGUCCUGCAGCAAAGGUUGCCAAAACUGAAAACGGAUCUUAAUCACAAGGUCACGCCCAGAAUAUUUCUUUUUUGAAAACAUUUAUUAUAAACAGUGAAAAUACAGAGGCAACUUAAAUCCAUUCCAGUGAAAGCGUCACACCUUGGAGAAUCUUAUGAAGUCCACCUGGAUGUCAACCUAGAGAAGAAUUUACAAAGCUUGGUGUCAGUUUUCAGCUUUUUAAGUCCCUGUAAUAUUGUGCCUCUCACAUUGUGUACCUACGUUUGUCUUAAGAUCUUUGAUUUUAUCAUUCUACAUAAGUCUGCUCUUUUGACAGUAAUUUAAUUUCACCAACAAUUAGUUGGUUUUGUAAGACCUGUGUGACAUCCACAAUCUGUCUGCCAUUUGUUUUUGUUUUUUUUCCCCCUCAUGUAGAUUUCCUACACAGACUGAAAACAUCUGCUUUGCGAAAUUUUUAAGUUUGUAUAUGUGAAUAGCAAAUAAAACAUUUAUAAAAAUUAAA